CGCCUAAUCAAGAUGGCUACCGACUGAAGCCAAAAUAUGCGAUGGAGUACUUGGAUGCUUUACGAUGUCUUUAGAGCUUCAGUUUUAUCCAUUCACUGAUUGCUGACAGAAUAAAUAACCAUGGAUCUGGACAUGGAUGCCAAUCAGUCCUUUGAACAAGAAGGAAUGGAGAAGGAUGAUUUGGAGUGUGAUCUGUGUAAGAUAUCAUAUUCUCAUGAACAGGAACUCCGGGAUCAUGCUUGGUCACUCAUGCAUCAUAUUAAUAUGGAAAAGAAGAAAAAAGGUUCCACCCACAACUGUACGCUGUGUUUUGCCACCUGUCCCAAUAUUAUAGAGUAUGGCAAACAUCUGAACGGAGAAAAGCACAAGAGAGCAGCAGAAGGACAAAGGCGUCAAAAGGAAAAAGAAACGAUGACUUUUCAGAAGGAGGCACUGCUCAACAAACGUGUCCAAGAUGAGAGUGUGUUACCAGGACAACUAGAGAAUGAGGGGAAUUUGUCUGAUCCAGAGUUAUCUCGUCAAUUCAAGUCGUUACGUCACGGGAAAUCCCACCAACGCUCCCACUCCCAGCCCUACAUCAAAGGCAAGGGCAAAAACAAGACAUUCAAAGGAAAAGGUGAUGACAGGUUUUCAUCAAAUGACGCUCCAAGGUUUGAUCCCAGGGAAAGGAAUACAGAUUUCCAUGAUGGUAACCAAAACAAUGCAUUCUGGGAAAACGAUUAUAAUGUAAACUGGGAAGGUGGUGGAUUUGUCCAGCAACCUGAUUGGGGCUUCCACAGACAGUCUAAUUGGGAUGGGCCAUGGUGGGAUGGAAACAACAUGAACCCACAUCGAGAUGAAUUUUCUAAUUUUUACCCAAGGUACCAAACACGUUACUCACAACAGAGACAGCAUGACAAGAAUAUGCAAUUUAAAGGAACGAAACAAUAUAAUCGCUGGAACAGACGAGACAAUUCAAAUGAAAGAUAUCGUCAUGGUGACCAGGAUGAUGAUUCAUACUGGAAUAGAGGCUCCGAUUCUGGCCGAUAUUACAGGAACAGACGGGAUCACAGCUGGGAUCGGACAGAUGAAUACAAUCAUUUUGAUCGACCAAGUCGCGAUUUUCCAAGUCACAUGAAUGAAUCACAGCAUGAUCUCUCUGUAGAUAAUGACAUGGCAGGACAGAAACGCAGAUGUACCAGUGAUGAAAAGAACAAAUCGAAGUCUCGGAAAAAAAAUGUUAAUUUUGAAAAUCCCACUCAUCAACGAAAAAAUUCAGUUGAAAUGGAUUUAGAUAGUAGGGUAACUAGAGACAGUGAAAAUUUAGAAGAUAUAAAUAAAAACCCUGUUGUUGAAAGUGCUCUGGAGCCAGACAGUACCACGGAGGAGGUGACUCUUGAUAGGAAAGUUAGUAAAGGGAAGAAAAAGGACAAGUCAAAGAAAAAGAAAAGUAGUGGUGUUAAGUCAGUCAGGGAGGCUAACUACCUUGAGGAUCAGCAUGGUAGUAACGUUUUGGAGCAGGCAGAACAGCUCUGUAGGGAGCUCAGGGAUAAACGGCAGCUCGUUAAGAAGGAGAGGGAAAAGAUAGAAAGAAAAAAGAAAAUGGAAAAGGCAGAAGAGAUAAAUUCACAAAUAAGCAAUUUGUCCAAGAUAAAUCAAAGUUAUCUUAAAGGUCACAUUGCAGGUUGUGCAGACCUGAUAGCUUCAGAAACUGUAGAUAGUGAUAAGUCCACUAAUCUGAUUAAUGUGCGGUCAAGGACCCAGAAGGAGCAUGACAUUGAUGAUAUUCGGAAAGGCAUUGAAUCUGUGGUUGAUGCAGGAAAACAGUUAUCAGGAAAACAAGAACCAGAAAAGGAUUCAGAUUUGGAAGUGAAAUCUUCCACGUCCAAAUAUGAAUCUGUUGUUAACAAGAAAUCCAGCAAGCCUAAAUCUGAUAAGGCUGGUGAUGAAUCAGACUUAAGCACUAAUGUGGCUCAUCCACACAACUCCCCAACAACUAAGACGCCAGUGUCUGAGCCAGAAAGCAUUCAUCCUCUGAAAAUCGGAACAUUCUCACCAUUUCAUCAGGAAAGUCUCAGUCGCCAGAGCAGUAGAGCGAGCUCUGAUAUGUCAACAGAUCUGGAUCCAGAAUCAAAAAAGGAUACUUUAUUAAAGAUGGUGAACUCUCCACGUUCUCGCAAAGAAAGAGAGAGAUUGGCAAAAAUGCUGCGAUCCUAUGCGUUCUCUCAAAACAAAUUAUCUCUUCCAAGAUUUAAUUUUCAAAUUUCUGAUUUGACUGCAGAACUGGAUGGUGUUGCCACUGAGUUACGACUCGAGGAUUUAUCGGCUGAUGUACAGCUUCAAAUCGCCGAGUUGAUAGAAGCAGACAUUAAGCCUGAUCUUAGCUCACUAGAACCUCUCGUGUUUGAAUCUCAGAAAUCCACCAGUGUGGACCGGGAGCCAGUACAAUCACACGAUGUUAACAUGAUACCGGUAAGUGCUGAAAAUGUACCAACUCGAGACUUUGUCAAGAGGAAAACUCUACAAGAGCCUAAAGCCUCAACAGGCAUGACAUCAGAAACUCGCACCUACUUACAAGAAAAUAUAGAUUUUCAUAAAAUUUUGGAUCCAUCUGCCGAUAAAAAAGAUAAAAUGCCGAAUUUCAACCCAGACUUGUGCAUAAAAUCUGAGGAGUUAAGUGAACCCGAACAGAUGAAUUUUAAGUCAGAGCCAGUUUGGGAAGUGAACCAGUCUAAUGUGGACAGUUCUAAACCGACUAACAAAUCUCUACACAAGCAUUCUAGAGAUGUUACUGGAUCUAUGCAUUAUAUAGAUGACUCAGAACCUGUAUUGUUAAAGGAGAACGCUGAACCUGUUCAAGGUUCCAGUCAUAGUUCUGUGAGUAAACCACAAGCUGAACUGUUAUCUGGCACAGAACCAGCACUGUCUAUUGGUAGUUCUAAUUCUCACCGGCUCAAGGAAACUUCAGAACACUUGAAUUCUAAAUCUCAGACUGACUCUGAACCUUCCAAGGAUAAAUCAAAACCGGUACGAUCUGCAGACAAAGGUGAAGUCGUACCCUCUAGAGAGAAACUUACAAGACAAUCUAGGAACAAUCCAACUUGGUCACGAGACACCUCGGAUCCAGUUUGGGGUGGAGAGAUGCCAGAGCUUUCUAUGGCAGAUCUUUCCAGCAAUCCAGUCAGGAUUAAACAAGAGUUUACCCGAUUGGAGGACCUCAUCUCCACUAACAAACCAGCGGAAACAUCCUUCGUGUCCAAGGACUCCCCCACACAACAUUCGAUACUACCAUCACAAGAUACUGGCAGAGAGACUAUUGCAAGGUUAGAGGAACAAGAUGGUUCCAAAAUGACCUUCAAUAAAUCAGAGAAAGGACCUCCUUUAUCUAAAGGACUGGAAAGAUGUGACUUAGCCACACUUGGGAGCGUCGGUCAUAACAGAGCUGGUCUCGGAAAUCUCGACCUUGGUAGCAGCUUACCUGAAAAAGCGUACACUGACAGAGCAGUCCCGAGGACAAUUGACGAGUCUAACACUCCAGUGGGAGGACAAGUCGACAGUCACAAGCCUGGAAUGGCCGACCCUACCACUGGGGACGAGGCUCGUCCUGACUCUUUGUCGAGCUCCACAUCAGGGAGUGUAUUUGACCUUGUGUACGACCUCAGCGUGGAAGAGGACAGUCUCAGGCAGGAAAUGACAUCUGCAGAGUCGGAGAUCAUGCGUCUUACCGCCCUCAUACAGACAGCUACAGAGCAGCUUUCCACCCAAAGGACACGCCACCUACAGCUGUCCAGAAAAGAGCAGUCCAUCAGAAGCCGUCGCUUACAUGUACUGAGAGAAGCCAAAAGUCUCCAAAACCUCUCCAUGGAGAUGCCAGGCAAGCCUGUAGACAGAGCAGCUAUCUCAGAUUGUGGACCGUUCCAUUCGUCGUCCUUGACGGCAGAGUCCAGUGACCUUGACUCUAGCAGAGACUCAAACUUCACUAGAGUUUCACCACUCUCCUCAUUUUCACAUGACCAUAGAGGAACUUCCAAGAAUGGCAACACUUCAGAUUGUCUUGUUGUGUUGAGUGAUUCAUCAGAUUCCAGUAUAAACCGUAAAGGAAUGGGCGGGUUCUCCUCCUCUCAGGGACUUAACAGUAAGGAAAUGGCCGGGUUCUCCUCACCUCAACGGCAAAACCGUAAGGACAUUGGUGGUAUCUCCUCACAACUGGGACAAAAUCGUAAUGAAUUAGGUGGGUUCCCCGCAAGUCAGGGACUAAACCGUAAGGAAAGUGGCAGUGUCUACUCACCACUAAAUAGUCAAAGAAUCAGUCCGACAAUUAUCCAGAAUCUUCCACCACCUCUGGAACCCAGUAGAGACAGUGAAGGGUUUAUAGAGCCCAACAAACACACCUUGAAGACAUAUGAAACCAGUAAAGAGGGUGUGAGAUCAACUGAUAGUAACAGGGACACUUUAAGUUCAGUUGUCCCUAGCCAAGACACUGUUAGUCUGGAUAGAAAAGAUGCUAUAAAGGCCUUUCAGUCUCAGGAAAAACUUGUUAGGCCAGCUAGUCCAGAUAUAGGUACUGUGAGGUCAGUUAGUCCUAACUUAGGUGCUGUAAGGUCAGUAAGUCCUAACGUUGGUACUGUGAGGUCUGCUAGUCCUAACUUAGGCGCUGUUAGGUCAGUAAGUUCUAAUGUAGGAGUUGUGAGGUCAGCUAGUCCUAACUUAGGCUCUGUAAGGUCAGUCAGUCCUAACGUUGGUCCUGUGAGGUCAGCUAGUCCUAACGUUGGUCCUGUGAGGUCAGCUAGUCCUAAUGUAGGAGUUGUAAGGUCAGUUAGUCCUAAUGUAGGUGCUGUGAGGUCAGUAAGAUCUAACGUUGAUACUGUGAGAUUCACCGAAAUGAUGAAAGACAAUAAUAGUAUUAAUACACAGGCCAGCAGAGACAGUACAGAGUCACUUGAACCCACCAAAGACACAGUUAUAAUCACGAAGGAUCCGGCUGAGAUAGAUCAGUCUACGUCCAUAGCUUCAAGUGUAGAGGAAAAUAGAUUUGUCACUCUAAAAGCUUUGUUACGUGCCAGUCCUCAAGCGACAAGGCCGGGAAAUGAAACUUUGACUAACAAUGACACAUUGGGAAUGAAACUGCCUGCUGAUGACCAAAUAUCUAAUGCAGCAGUUUCCAGCACCACAGCAGAGUUUACAUUACCCCAGGUCGUGGAAUCGAGACAGACCAAAGUCACUGACACAACACAGCCGAAAGUAAAUGUUCAGUAUAUGGGUCAUUUACCUGGUAAUUUGUUUACAGGACAGAAAGAAAAUAUGUUUGAGAAACUUCAGUCGUUUCUAAAGAGCAGCAGAUCUGACCAAGGCUACCGGAGUGAAUCUAGUUUAAAGAGUGAUGAGAUAGUGUUAGAUACAGACUCCAACCAGGAGAGUGUUGCCAGUAAUGCAUCUCUGGGGGAAAAGAUACGCCAGUAUUGCAAGGAAAACAGGCGAGGAUCAACCCAGCUCGAUUCUGGCAGUGAGCAUACUCUCAAAGGUUCUAAUAGUGAAACUAACACACCAGUCAGACAACAGAGCAAACCUCCAGUAUCGCCAUCUGUCUCGGAUGACAAGAACUUGUCACCGUCACGGAAACGCAGGAAAACCAAGAAAGAGCGAGACCAGUCAUCAAAGCGUAAGCAGAAAGAGGAGUAUGUGAUUAAUAGUAGCUCUGAGUGUAGUGGCCAAGACGAUGAAAACAUUCCCCUGACAGAUCUCAGACAGAGAUUACAAUUCCAGCAGGUAGGACCUGAGGAACUUGAGGACAUCUGUAUGGUCGAGACUGGCUCAGAUGACUGUGCUGUUCGUGGAACUGAGCAGAGACGCAGUCUCCUGGAGGAGGUCCAACUCGACAGUCCAAAUGAAUCUGAGGAAAAUUUCAACCAAGUCAAGAGUCAUAGAUUUAGACUGGGGCCUGAAAGGUUGGCAUCCGUACGGGCUGCAGUGAAGAGCACGAUCCAUCGGUCAGACAAAGGACGAGCUGAGGAUGCUGUAAAGCAGUUGGUAGGACCGGCGGACUCAGUUACUCAUAUACAGGUCGCUGGCCAGAGUGUUUUUGUGGCAUACCAGAAAUCCAACCCAUGCCACUUCAAUUUAGAGAGUGGAACUCUUUUAGGCCAAUAUGACUGCAGCCCAUGUUGUGUUCGAAGUCUUGCCGUCGUCACCAUUGACAACAAACUCUGUUUGUAUGCAUGUGGACCAUCUGAGCGGUUGUUUCUAUUUGAUUGUGAGACGUAUGCUAUACUAAAAGACAUGGAGUUAAUAUAUCAAGUACAGUGCAUGCACGAAUCAUGGGGCCGCCUCUAUCUGGGCACCGACUACGGUGCCGUUAUCGGAAAGGACGCGAAAACAGGGAAGACAUUUGAGAGUUUCCAAUGCUGUGACCAGUCCGUAACAUGUAUCGCUUCUGGCCUGGAGGGCGUUCGUAAGAUCCUACUCGUGGCAGCCUACACCUCGCCGAUCUAUGUGUGUGACGCCAUCUCUGGUUUACUCCUUCGGAUGUUGGAAGGUCAUACCAAAACUGUCUUCUGUAUGGAGGUUGCUGGUCACAUGGUGUACAGUGGUUCAGGAGACAGAAAGGUUGUUGAACAUGACCUCUUGACCAGUGAUGUUUCAUGGAGUUACGGAGACAGCGAAGGUUUGGUCCGAGGUGUAACAACAGACAAACAGGGAUGUGUGUUUUAUGGAGGACAAGACCAGUACAUCAGGUGUCGCAAUAGACAGACUCACCAGCUCCACUGUCUGUUCCAUGUGGGCAAAUCACCAGUAGUGUCUAACAUCGCCACAUAUCAGGACAAGAUUCUGUAUGGUAACAAAGAAGGUGUAGUGGAAGUGUUGACAGUGGAGAGAAACCCACACAAAUGUCAGUGUGGUGAUUGUUCCUACAUGUUUGGACUGAAGAGUCACCUACUGCAUCAUAUGGUGUCCGACCACCUUACACAAAACUCUCGACUAUUCAGCUGUCCUUGGACCGGCUGUACUAACCGACUCUCAACCUACCAGGACAGUAAGGAAGCUGAAGAACAUCUUAAGGAGCAUAUAGAGUGAUGGACAGAUUCAGGCAUUUGACAUAUUGCAGUUGUUUGUGAAAUACCAUUUUGUUUGAUUUAUGAUGAAAUCAUACCAAGGAAACUUGUUACCUUCAUACACUGUUCAUACUGUUUGGUUGGUAAUUACAGUGAAAUAACCAGAUUGUUUGAGAAGAAAAUUCAAAUAUGUUGUGUUCCUUGCCCAUCAUCUACCAUUCCAAUUUUUUUUCUACAUAUAUUACAACUGAUGAAAAAGUGGUUGGGCUGCAACUCAAGUUGGCAUGCUUGUUGGAAAGACUAUGAAAUCCAUAUAGUUUUAGAUGAAGAUGGAUGGCUUAUCAAAUUGUCUUUUUUGUUCAUGGUCCAUCUGUUAACUUCAUUCACAUUAUUUCUCAGAGUACAAGACCUUUCACAUUGGAACCUUGCAACAUUUGUUUCUAUGUAGGAGGAACAAUAUGGCUGCAUGGUGGCCAUUUUGGAUUUCAUAGGUCAAAGUUCGUUAUUUCUAUUUCUCUGAAAGUAUCAAACAGAUGAGAAAUUGUCAAUGUUAGUAAGUUUAAUAGUUGUAAACGUCAUUGUUUGGGGUACAAAUGCUUGACAUCUAAACCAACUUCUAAAAUUAAUUAAUAAGUGAAAUCCUUGAACAAAGAUUCAUAAGGUGUUGAGUAAGAACAAGACUAGUGAUACUUAACUGUUAUUUUUUUUAUGAAUUUGACGUUCAACCUAAUUCCAGAUUGUGAGUGAUACAUGCUGACUGGUCUUACUAGUAGAUUGUUUUAUUUGUAGCAGUGCUGAUGUCAGAUAAAACAUCACAUUUUAAAGAAGAGUAAGGCUAGCCCAUACAUACUUAUAUUUUGAUUAUUAUUCUUUUUUUUUUUUUAUAUUUUAUCAUUUGUUUGUAUUUACAAAAUUAUAUAUAUAUGCGUGUGAGACAAUACCAUUUUACCUGAAGAUACUAUAAAUGUUGCCAUAUUUAUUGCAUUGCUGUGUCAUUGUUAUCAAAGUAUAUUUAUGUAUAUGAACAAUCUGACAUUCGCUUGUCAAUAAAGUUUUUUUACUAUAAA